CGAGCCGCCAUGUUGUCGGAGUGAAAGCCCGGGGUGUCAGAGAGAAGCUGGGGCCGGAAUCCGCGACCAUCCACCCUCUCCGCCGGCUGUGGUGGAAUGAGCAGUGUGUGUGUGUUGAAGAGGAAAGCAGUGCUCUGGCAGGAUUCAUUCAGCCCCCACCAUAGAACUACAUCUCCCAGCAUGCCCGUGGUGCUGAGCAGCGGAGGACAUGCCCCUCCAACUGGGCAGACCCCUCAGGCCGCACCCCCCAGCCAACAGGGUGUGGCGGGUGCUGGACGUUCCCAGGAUGAUGCCAUGGUCGACUACUUCUUCCAGCGGCAGCACGGUGAACAGCCUGGCAAACAUCGCUGGCCAACUGGAGACAACAUCCAUGACAGCCAGGUGCGAUCCAUGGACGAGUUGAACCAUGACUUUCAGGCUCUGGCUUUGGAGGGGCGCGCCAUGGGAGAGCAGCUGCUCACUGGUAAAAAGUUCUGGGAAGCGGACGACUCUGGGAAGGACGGACCAAAAGGGAUCUUCCUGGACCAGUGGAGGGACAGUGCAUGGAGUGCCUCAGAUCACUCAGUCUCUCAGCCAAUCAUGGUAACCCGUCGGCCAGGCCAAGGUUUCCAUGGCGGAGGUGAAGUGGGCGUGGGCUCGGUGAUGUCACCGCGGUCUGAGAGUGGAGGGUUGGGAGUUAGCAUGGUGGAGUACGUCCUCUCCUCCUCACCAGCUGACAAACUGGAUUCCUGCCUUCGGAAAGGACCUUACGGCCAGAGGGAUGGAGAGGUGGAGGAAGAGAAGCCAAAGGCAACGUUUGAGGGAGAGAAACUCAAAGAGUUGACAGAAGCUGAAGUUGAUGUCAUCAGUGACGUCAUCAAUCCCAAUGGGCUGCCUGUGCAGAAUGGCCUCGAUGUGGAUGUCAAAGAGUUUUGUCGUCCCCAAGGCAACAUGCCGGCCCCUGGCCCCGAGGGUGACCUGCAUGGGGGUCCAUGCGGUGUAGGGGCUGAGGGCAUGACACCCUUAGGAGGGGGUGGAGGCCCCAAGCCCCCCGAGGACUUCUCUGGUGUAGAACAGGGGGGCGUCACCAUGGACCCCAUGGAGUCGGUGAUGGAGCCACUUCAGUUUGACUACAACUCCCAGAUGACCAUGGACUCUGCGCCCACUGUGGGUCUGUUUGAUUACGCUAACCAGCAGCAGCAGCUGUUUCAGAGAAACAAUGCUCUUGCCGUGCAGCAGUUGACAGCAGCCCAGCAGCAGCAGUACGCCUUGGCAGCAGCACAGCAGUCUCACAUUGGUCUGGCCCCAGCGUUUGUGCCCAAUCCUUACAUCAUCAGUGCUGCUCCACCUGGGACAGACCCAUACGCAGCUGGACUAGCAGCAGCAGCCACGCUUGGUCCAGCAGUCAUGCCUCCCCAGUACUACGGUGUGACCCCCUGGGGGGUCUACCCUGCCAACCUUUUCCAACAGCAAGCUGCUGCAGCUAACAACUCAGCCAAUCAGCAGGCAGCAAACCAGGGCCAGCAGAACCAACAGCAGGUAAUGCGUGGUGGUGGCAACCAGCGACCUCUGACCCCCAGCCAAGGUCAGCAGAAUCAGCAGAAUGACCAGCUGGUUGCAGCAGCGGCCGUCAACUCGGCCCUCGCCUUCGGGCAGGGGUUAGCGGCAGGAGUCCCUGGGUACCCGGUGUUGGCCCCUGCAGCCUACUAUGAUCAGACAGGGGCCCUGGUGGUCAACACUGGAGGGAGGAAUGGCCCUGUCCGCCUGAUGGCUCCGGGCUCUGUCAUCAUAUCUCCCUCCGCAGCACAAGCAGUUGCAGCCGCUGCAGCAUCCGCAGGUGGUGCCAACGGGGGUCUCGGCGGUGGGGCCAACGGGCCAUUCCGUGCCAUGCAGUCCCAGCAGGGUCAGCAGCAGGGUGGCCCUGGUGGUGCUCUAGGAGGUAGCUCCUUCUACGGAUCCUCCUCCCUCAGUUCCUCCUCCCAGAGCUCCUCUCUUUUCUCACAAGGCUCAGGUCAGCCGGGGCCCGGGUCUGCCUCCUUGGGAUUCAGCCAGCCCAACUCCUCAUCCCUUGGUGCCAGUCUGGGGGCUACGCUGGGAGGCUUUGGGACUGCAGUGGCCAACUCGAGUGGGGGCAGUGGGUCCAGACGGGACUCCCUGACCGGCAACAAUGAGCUGUACAAACGCACGCCCUCCAGCCUCACCCCCAUCGGCCACGGAGGCUUCUAUAACGGCACCCUGGGCUUCAGCCCCUCCCCUGGCCCUGUGGGCAUGCCCCUGCCAAACCAGGGCCCGUCUCACUCCCUCACACCCCCACCUUCCCUGUCCAAUCACAGCUCCUCGUCCAACCUUAAUCUUGGAGGUCUGACCAAUGGCAGCGGGCGUUUCAUCUCCGCUGCCCCGGGAGCCGAGGCCAAGUACCGCAGCGCCGCCAGCUCAGGCUCCUCCCUCUUUUCACCCAGCAGCCAGCUGUUCCCAUCAUCACGGCUACGCUAUGGCAUGUCGGACGUGAUGCCGUCGGGCCGCAGCCGCCUGCUGGAGGACUUCAGGAACAACCGCUACCCCAACCUGCAGCUCAGAGACAUUGCCGGCCACAUCAUGGAGUUCAGCCAGGACCAGCACGGCAGCAGGUUUAUCCAGUUGAAAUUGGAGCGAGCCAGUUCCGCGGAGCGCCAGCUUGUCUUCAGUGAGAUACUCCAGGCUGCCUACCAGCUUAUGGUGGACGUCUUUGGAAAUUAUGUCAUCCAGAAGUUUUUUGAGUUUGGCAGCCUGGACCAGAAGCUGGCUCUGGCAGAGAGGAUCCGAGGUCAUGUGCUGUCUCUGGCCCUGCAGAUGUACGGCUGCAGGGUCAUUCAGAAAGCUCUGGAGUUCAUCCCCUCAGAUCAGCAGGUCAUUAGUGAGAUGGUGCGGGAGCUGGACGGCCAUGUGUUGAAGUGCGUGAAGGACCAGAAUGGUAACCACGUGGUGCAGAAGUGUAUUGAGUGUGUCCAGCCUCACGCACUGCACUUCAUCAUAGACGCCUUCAAGGGACAGGUUUUUGCUCUCUCCACUCACCCUUACGGCUGCCGGGUCAUCCAGCGCAUUCUCGAACACUGCCUUCCUGAACAGACGCUGCCUAUACUAGAGGAGCUCCAUCAACACACAGAGCAGCUAGUGCAGGACCAGUAUGGAAACUAUGUGAUCCAGCACGUUUUGGAGCACGGCCGAGCAGAGGAUAAGAGCAAGAUAGUGGCUGAGAUCAGAGGCAAUGUGCUGGGACUUAGCCAGCACAAGUUUGCCAGUAAUGUGGUGGAGAAGUGUGUGACCCACGCGUCGAGGGCAGAGCGGGCGGUGCUGAUAGAUGAAGUGUGCAGCCUGACCGAGGGCCCCCACAGUGCCUUAUACACCAUGAUGAAGGACCAGUACGCCAACUACGUGGUGCAGAAGAUGAUAGACGUGGCUGAGCCAACCCAGCGCAAGAUCGUAAUGCACAAGAUCCGGCCCCACAUCUCCACCCUGAGGAAGUACACCUACGGAAAACACAUCCUGGCCAAGCUGGAAAAGUACUACAUGAAGAACGGCGUUGACCUGGGUCCUCUUUGUGGCCCACCUAACGGCAUCAUGUGAAUCAGCUCCCCCUCCCCCCCUUUGCUUGAAAUCACAUCCAUUACCUGAUAUAACCCCCCCCUCCCUCAC